AUGGCUUUUUUCAAAGUUUCAAGACUGUUGGCUAUUCUUGUCGUAAUGUUUGCGGCCUUGGCUGUUUGUAGCCCAAUCGUAAAUUUGAGUGAAAGACAAAAUACUCCCGUUCUUCAUGUCCCGUCUCCAGGCCCUGGUCCGUGGGCUAUUGAAUCUAUUCAGAACGUUAGUUGGUGGUGUAACGAGUGUGGCCAAAAUGACCGGGUAGUUAUUGAAAUUAUCAAAAACGGUACAACUGUCGUACGUAGAACAACGGGUCACAAUGCCAAUAGCGGCACGAAAGACUUUCUAAUUGAUCCAAGGUGGGCUACCGUCGGUGAUACGUUCACUGUUAGAGUAACCGAUACGCGACUUCAUGUUUCUGGAACUAGUGGACCGUUUACAGUUUUUAAGACUCAAGGAUAA